UUUCAGCUCAAUUGAACUAAAGAGAAUUUUAAAGGGACCAUGACAAAAAUGUAUUUCUAGCUUUAUGAUCAGCAGUUGUAAAAUAACAAUGAAUCAAACUAGUACCUCAAUAGUCCACGUACGUAAGUAUUAGGUACAGUACUAGUACUCAUCUUUCGAUCUCAUUUUCAGACAAAAUGUCCAGCAGAGGUAGCUCUUUUCCUCCAUACACCAUGUCUUCCAUGAUCAUUUACGCCAUAUGGUAUUCCCCCAGGAAGGCCCUGACCUUGACCGAGAUCUGCAGUGCUCUGGAGUCCAUGUUUCAACUGUAUGACGGCAACGACAAGGUUUGGUACGAUAAAGUCCGUAACGCUCUCCGGAAGUACGACCACUUCAUCAAGUCGGACCACCCAAACAGUUCUAGGAAAAAACAAUGGAGCGUCGAUAUCUCUUUGGUACCGAACACGUCAUUCCGGAAGCAGACGACACGCAAGGAAACGUUUGACAACUGGCCCAAUCGUCUUCAUCAGUACCUGUGUUUGCCCGAAAUCGAGCUUCCCGAGGUUGUGCCUUCGUGUGUCACCCCGUGUACUCAGCCUCCCCAAGUUAAGUCUUCUGGACUUAGUUUUGGAAUUGACCGAAUUCUCAGCAUGUCUCCAAGAUCCGCUAAGCAGCGAUCGGUCGUAGAUGUCUCAGCUCCACGUGACAAUCACAACACCACGUGCGAUUCCUUUUGCAGUGUUUUCGAUUCUACAAAUGAAGAUAGCGAUUUUCUGUCACGUGAUUCAGUUCAUGAGGUGAGCAUUAGCUGCUCAUCCAUGGAAAAAUUCCGAGGGGAUUCCGAUGCAUCAUCAUCUCACGAUAUCCAUGAUUUCGGGCAUUCCACGCGCAUUCUUUCAGACGCCAGCAUCGUUUCCCUGGAUGCGCCCUGUUCUCCUAUAGAACCGGAACUCUCCCUCAGUGAUAUUUUUGCUGGUGUUGAUGAACUGCAGUCUAUUUUGGAACCAGAUGACGUCAUGGAUUUCAUACCAUCUGAGGAGUUUGGCGCUGUCUCACCUGCUGAGAGCCAUAAUUUGUCAGCUUUGGAGUCGAUUGCGGACUUUUUGAUCCCCACGCAGUGCUCUGGUGAUUUCAUUGAAGACUUCGGCCCCUACCUUCGGGAUUUGUGAUUAUGUGACUAUUCCGUACUUGUUAGUUAAAUAAUGCAGUGCAGUGUUUCAUUGUUUGUUGACAUUGACAACAAUAUUGUUACUAAUCAACACACAUGUAUUUUGCAAAUAUACAAUUCACAUAAAUUAAUUUUUUAAAAAAAA